AUGAAGGAUUUUCCAUGGAUUCAGAAACGGUCACAAGAUGCAGUGGAAAUUUCUUGUGGAAGUGACAACGCCGAAUUGGAAGAAAAUGUACGCAUUCAAGCCGAAACAUGGUACUCUACGUCUUUGGCGAAUUUCAACCGGGCACAGAAGUGUCGUACACCACCUCCAAGUCAAAGUGCUGCAUCAACGCCUGUGUGUGCUUCUAUACGCUUACCGGAGAUGGAGCUACCAACCUUUUCCGGUGAUUCUACAGAGUGGGUUGGCUUUUAUGAUGCGUUCUGUUCAUUAGUAGACGCCAACGCUACACUGUCGGACGGACAGAAGUUGCAUUACCUGCGUAGCUGUUUAAAAGGUGAAGCAUUGAAGAUCAUCAGUGGUUUCCAGAUUUGCGACGCAAACUACAAGGAGGCGUGGGACUUGUUGAAGUCCCGCUUCAAGAUCAUGCGAGUCAUUGUUGAGGCGCACUUCAGAGCAAUGGCCGACAUUCGCAAAGCCGCAAGUGAUACUGCCGGCGCUAUCAAAGGCGUUCUCGACGCAUAUCAGCAGCAUAUUCGUGAACUGAAGGCUUUACGUCGCACCGUCGAGUUCUGGGACGAUUGGCUGGUGCACGAGGUGGUAAAUAAAUUAGCGUUCGAGACAAGGAAGCAGUGGGAGCUGUCACUCGUCAGUGAUGAGCCCCCCACUUUCGACCAACUAUCAGCGUUCCACGAAGUAAGGUGUCAAUCGCUAUCGAUGCUUUCGACAGCAACCGGUUCAGCAACACCAGGUAAGCCGACUUCAGCAAGCACAGCAAGCAAGUCUGCCAAGGUUUUCCACGCCUUGCCGGAGAACAACAGUGCGAGCUGCUCCUACUGCAAGGGUGCUUUAUGCUUGCGAUAA